AUUUUUAUUAUUGUAUUGAUCAGCUUAUCUUUCGUUGACAUCUUAAAAGAUUUCUCAAUGUUGAAGUUGACUUUUUAUAUAUCAUGAGCAAACAAAUGAAAUCAGGUUUAUCUGAAUCAAAAUCGUUCAGUCGUCAUGAGAAGGAAAUGGGACUUCAUUUGUUAUAUUUACCCAAGACAACUGUCAAUGUAUUAUCACCUUCUGUACCUCACGAAACAAGUCAUCUAUAUCCCAAGCUUGCUGGUGCUAAUUGGACUUGUUAUAUAACUGGUGAUACCAUUCGACUAGGUCGUGCUCCAGAGAACAAGGCUUCACUUCCUAGAAACAACAAUAAUAAACCAGUAGUAGAUGUAGAUUUUCGUGGUAGUAAACAAAUAUCACGUCGACAUGCUGAUAUCAAGUUUAAUGUUAAAAAGAAUUGUUGGGAACUUCGUGUUUAUGGUCGUAUUGGAGUCAAAGUCAAUCAUGAUCUUGUUACAAAAAAACAACGUCCGGUACCACUACCUAGAAUGGCUCAUCUUGAUAUUGGAGGUAAUAGUUUUGUCUUUGUUUUACCUGAUAAUCCUGAUAUCAAACCUGGAAGGAACAAAAGUACUUUGGAACCAACAAUAGUACCAUCAACAAAAACUCAGUCAAAUUCUCUACAACAAGAUUUAUUGGAAAGCGAACAAGAUGAUCAAUUGGCUUCUAUAAUUACUGAUAUCUUUGAAUCUCAUGACAAAACUUUUGAACCGACGACUCAACAGAUAUAUAGAGAAGUGGUACAACAAUGUCGAGCAAAAUCUAUGGAUUAUGAAAAAUAUACAAUGGAUAUAAUACUUCGGGCGUUGGUACUUGAUUCAAGAUUCAAGGUCACAGAAGAUAGUAUGGAAUUAACUAUGGAACAAUCAGAUAAAGCACAUUGGUAUUGGCAACGACCUCCUUCAUCAACUCCACAGUCAUCCUCUCUUGAUACAACGAAUACUGCUGGUUCAUGGUCUGAUUUUGGAUACGAUAUUAUAAAUGGAGGCGAUAAUGAUACAAAUGAAACUGGGGAAAGAACUACUGAUACACGUUCAGUUAUAUCUCAUGCGUCUUGGCCAACAUCCUUGAAUAUUUCCAACGCAACUAGUAGUGAAUCAACAGGUCUCUCAUCCAUUGCUCCCAUGACUGAAAUAUUAUCUAUUGCUGAACCCAAUUCAACAGCAACAAUAGUCAGCAGUCCUGUUACACCAUCUGCUUAUUCAAUAACUGACAAUGAAUCUACUUACGCACCGGCCAUGUCAUCAACGCAAUCUGAACAUGAAACAACAACAACUGUACGGUCUAAUAUAUCAUCAUCCAUACGUCCAUCACCAUCUACAAGAACCUUAUCAGCAUUAUCAUUUACGUCAACCAAUGAAAAUGAACCUACAUUACAAUCUCAAUCAGAUAAAACUGAAUUCACUGGAAUUCCACUAUCUUCAGCAACAACAAGAACUACUCGAACAAUAUUAGAACCCUAUUAUACUCUUGUUUCCCCUGAUCAUUUUGUUGGUUCUAUGAAUUCACGUGGUAUUGGCUUGAUGACUGUUUAUUCUGCUAUUUUGGCUUCGCAGCAACAACCUGGAUCGACAAUGGAUACAUCAAAUUCAGUUACUAAACCUAUUUCUUUGUAUUCACCUACAGCUACCUACGAAGACGAAGACGAUGGCGAUGAUGAUGAUGUUUAUACCUUUGUACAUAAUCGAAAACGAAAAUGGUUCAUAACAGAUCAAGAAGAUCGUGAUCUUUGGACAAGGUUCCGUACCACCAUAUUCAGGGCCCAACCGUGAAUCCGAUUAUCAUGAUAUCGAUGGAUAGCACUGGAAUAUUUU